CCCGUGAUGCUAACUGCAGUUGGUCGAAUCGAGGUCCUAAAUUUGUUCCACCGUACGCUAAACACGAAAGCAGUCAGCCAAAAAAAAAGUCAAACCUCCAGUCUAAAGUUAAACCCGCGAGAAGCCUCUCGAGAAUAACUCCGGCGGCACUUCGCUCUUUCUCCGCAUUUCGCCUUCUCCACAAAUCGCCUCCCCCGUUUUCUCCCCCUCUUUCUUUCGUUUCCCCUGCCUUUUGAGUUUGGGCUUCGACUCCCUCUACGGUCGCGCUUUGGCACUCGGUCGCUCGGGUUAACGAUCGCCUCAUCGUAUUCCUUGCCAAUUGUUCCUUUCCUAGCUUCUUUUCAUUUUUCUCUUCCCUCUCUCCCCACCCAGUCUCUCUUCUUCCUUCUUGCCCUCUCUCUCUCCUCUUUUCCUCUCUAUGCCUCUCCCCGCAAUCACUCAAUGAGCGAUGUCGCGCCCGCAGGUCAGUAUCGACCGUCUGACGCCGCGCCGCGCGACGGUGGAACCUCGCGAGGCCAUGAACUGCAAGUCUUGUCGCAAACGAAAGAUCAAAUGCAACCGUCUACGCCCCAGUUGCGAGGCCUGUAAGGUCUUCCAAUGCCCGUGUAUCUAUGAUGCGAUUCCCAAAAAGCGCGGCCCGAAAACGGAUGUCCUCGAGGCCCUUCUCAAACGUGUCGAUGGUCUAGAAAAGAGACUUCAGGAUGAGAAAGAUCCCAUCUCCCCCACCUCCCCGGAUAAGCAGCAACCCGACGAUCUCCCGCUCGGACAGGCACGCAGCGCCGCCCGUCGUAACACCCUCGAUGCCUCGGCGUUCAAUCCGUAUGCUACGAGUGACUCGCGACCGGCCCUGUCGUCUAGUUUGUCGCAAAAUGCCGACUCGUUUCCCAGAUUGACCGGUCAUGACCCCUCGCCGGGUUUGCCCCCGCAGUCGGCUCCGCAGAAUGGCGGGCUCUCUGACGUUUUGCUCGAUGCGUUUUUUGCGCGAUUACAUGGAAAGCCAUUCUAUAUCUUGGACGAGGCGGGGACUAGGCAGCGCCAUCAAUUGAAUCAAGUACCGGUACAUUUGGCGAUGGCUAUAUCGGCCAUGACCCUCAGGUACACUCAUGUUGGACAACCGGAGCAGUCCUUGCGCAUCGGUCUGGAUGCGGCUCUACAGGCUCGACGGAUCAUUGAUGUGGAUAAUCCCACGAUAGAGGGGUUACAAUCCUUGCUGUUACUCUCUCAGGCCUUUUUCGCCUAUGGAUUGGGCAAGAAGGCGUAUAUGACAUUCUCAAACUGCGCGGCCAUGGCCGUGGCUUUGGACCUACUGCGUGAACCCCCAUCCAAAGCCAAUCUCUCUGCACCCGAGCGCGAAACACGCCGCCGAUUAUUCUGGUCCGUCUAUCUGAUGGACCGCUUUAUUACCUGCGGAUCCCGGCGGCCAUGUCUCAUUGCCGACCACUCCAUCGUUCUGCGGCUCCCAUCGUGGUCCCCGCAUGCGGCCGGUCUCAAUAUGGAGGGCGAGCUGUUCCACGUCGGCCCAAACAUUCAAUACUCGGCUGAUUCACGCCGGAAAGCACCCAGUGCCGCGUUGUUGUUGAUCGAUAUCACCCGGAUUCUGGGAGUCACCAACCGGUAUCUGGCUGCGGGUGGGGUCAAGGGAGACUCGCAUUUCCCAUGGCAUGCACUUUCGAAUUUGUCCAAAAUUCGACAGGAAUUGGACAUUUGGGCGGCAGGCACACAGGAUGUCUUUGCUUCGAUCGAGGCAUUGUUCGGGCAUCCGGAGAGCACGACGCUCCUCCUGAGUAAACUGAUCUAUCAUUUGGUGCACUGUCUCAUAUACCGCCCCUUCCUGCCCAUCGAUCUCGUGGAACUCCGAGGCACGGGUCAGCAUCAAUCCUGGCAGAUCGAGGCCACCAAUCUCUGCUUUUCACAUUCCAAUGCGAUCGCCGAACUCGUCGAGCUAGGCCGGAGUUCGCCGCUAGUCGAGUGGCCUGCUUUCGUGGGGUAUUGUGUCUGCACGGCCGGUACCGUGCAUGUUCACGGCGUGCACUACAAAGGUCGUGAAGGGGAGGUCUUCUCGUCGAGUGCUGAAUUCCUCACCCGUGAGAUGCACCAGCUGGCCUGGUUGCGGAAUUCCUGGGCGGGUGUCCAGCAUCAGCGGGAGCUGCUUCAAACGAUAUAUACCUGUCAUACGGAGCUGGUGCGGAAUCUGGCGAGUAGUUCGAUGCGCUUCUCGCCCGUUUUCCAUCUGGAGGAUUUCCUCGAUCGGUAUCCCGGUCUCACGGUGGACGGUGCUCAUGUGCGGUUGCUUGAUACCGGGGACGAAUUGGCCGCGAGCCCUACCGGCUACGUCGAUCAACAAACCCAGUUCUAUCGUCCAAUGGCACCACCCUCAUACCAACCCCAAGCCCCCUUCUACGGCAACCUUCGACCGACACCCUCACCCCUAUCAUCCUCUCAAACCCCCGACUCGGACCGCCGCAACUCCCACUCGCAUUCUCAUCCAAACAAACCACAUCAAUCGAACAACCCUCUCUCCCCAGCCCUCCACUUCCACCAACAAACUCAACCUUCCCCAUCUCUCUCCUCCAUCUUCCCGAUCCAAUCCGCCUCCGACCAACUCUCCCAAUCAACAUCCCAACUAUCCCACGACAACCACCACCUCGCCCUUCCCAGCGCCUUCUCCCCAAGCGCCUUCGGCCUCUCUCCACCCGCCUUCCUCACAGACCCUUCGCUCGCCAUCGCUCCAACACCCCCAUCGAACCCGCAAUACGCUACCUUUCCGUUCGACACGUCCGCGACUCAAUCCGGCGCCGCACUGACCCCCGGCGCGCAGUCGCAGACUAGCGGCUCGCAUACGGCGAGUAGCGAGACGGGGGCGGGUAAUUUGGAGAAAGAUCCAUUUUUGAGUCUUUUGGAGCAGUUGGCCGAGAAUGAGCAUUCGCAGGGUGGUCCUAGCGAUUUGGAUUUCUUCUUGACGGGAGCGGUAGAUGGGGAGGGAGACGUUAAUGUCAAGAUUGGGGAUGAGGGGAGUCGGGUUUCGGAGAUGUAAAUAAAAAAUGGCGUGUUGAAUUGGCUCUAGGCAUUAGGUUGUAUUUUGGGGACUGUGUUUGGUGCAACCUUAUCUGUAUAUACUGUUUUCGUGAAUGGACCGGAUUGGACCGGACCGGGGUGAAAUGGCAUGGCUAUGCCACGGCGCGUGUAUAUGGUGGUCAAAGGUUGGGUGUAUAGCCCUUCUCCAGCGUCAAAUAUGAGUUUGAGUAUGAGUCGCGUAUUCAUACUCGUACAUAUCCUGAUUCUUGCUUGCACAUCUUCAAAUUUGGUGUCUGGUAUGUGUGCAUUUGCCCUGGAACACUCGUAUUCACCUGUGCCAAGUCCAAAUUCUGCCUUGUAUAUCCUCGUUCGAGCCACGCAGGACUAGGCAGGGCAACCGAUCACGCCCGAUAACCAGUAUCUCGUCAUGAAUUCAAUAAGAUCACAGAACCAUCCUAAAUCGGAAUAACCAAGCGAGAUCCAGAAUGGCAAACUCAUCCCUCGGCUUUGAGGAUGGUAUUCGCAAUUAGUGGGUUGAGGAACCUAUCACGGCGAAGCAAUGCCCGGAGUGUAUCCGUCCCGGCUGCCUUGAGUGAUUCCUGUAAAUCCCUUUUGUCCGGUGCCCUGACUAUCGGUUUUUGAUCUUGUAUCCGUAUCGUUUUCACGGGGGGGUUCUUAGAUCUGGAGGAUCAGGUUGUGCUGGUUGUUGCCUGAGAGAGUAUGGUGUGGUG